AUGGUAUAUAUAUAUAUAUAUAUAUAUAGAUAUAUAAGGAAAUGGAGAGGUAGAGACGGCGAUAGAUAG